AUGCUCAUUAGUCUUAUCUGCAGCAGCAACGUUGCUGCAGACCAACUACCAUCAGACCCCCAACAAGGACAUGGCAUAGUCUUUGCUGCUGCGUCUGCUGCAGCAAAUAGCAGCAGCAGCAACAGCAACAGCAGCAACAGCCCUCAGCCUCCAUCGGAGAGAGAAUUGAAGUUGUCACAGGCCCUCGAACUUAAAUUUGGAGAGGGAGGCAAAACACAAAACCCUCGCAAGGCGGCGACACUCUUCAAGGAAAUUAUUGAUGAAGACUCUAAGGACGCAGUUGCUGCUCAGGCGUUGUGCGAGUUGGGAGACAUGGAGCUUAUGGGCAUGCCAGGCCUCUUUGGUAGUCGUCGUGAUGCUGCUGCUGCUGUUAAACAUUUUGCUGCUGCUGCUGCACUUGGCUAUGGGCCUGCUAUGCAUGCACUCGCCCUUGCUAAUGCUGUUGGCCUUGGAGGUCUACCACAAGCUGCAUUAGAGGUUAGCGAGCAGCAGAUGCGCAACCCUCAAUUCCCUCUGCUGCAGUUGCCGCCAUCUGCUCGUCUCUCUGCAGCAACAAAGCGCGAGUAUAGAGAGCAGCAAACAGCAGCAAGGCAGCAGGAGGACGUCAUGCAGUACUGGGAAGGGCAAGCAAAGAAUGACGAUCCUGUUGCUUGUUUUGAGCUGGCCAAGCUGAUGGAGCAGCAGCAGCAGCAGCAGCAGCAGCCACAGCAGCAGCAGCAGCAGCAGCAGCCGAAUGCUGAGGAAGAGGCAAAAAAGCGUCGUAUGACGGAAUUAUUAAAGAAGGCAGGAGUUGGAGGUAUGGGUGCAGCAUUAAGAGAUUUAGCGUUGGCUUAUUUAAGGGGAGAAGGAAUACAACAAAAUAUACAACAAGCUAUUCAAUUACUUGAACAGGCUGCUGCUGCUGGAGACGCAGACGCACAAAAUUAUUUAGGAUAUUUUUAUUGGGUAGGAACAGAAUCCCCCCCCACCACCGCCAACAGCAGCAACAGCAGCAGCAACAACAGCAGCAGCAGCAGCAGCAGCAGCAGCAACAACGGGUUUGUACUAAAAAAAGACGUAAAAAAAGCAGAAUAUUAUUUCUUGCUUGCUGCCCUGCAAGAACAUCCUGAGUCUUUCUUCUUCUUAGGAGAAAUUAAACAAAAAGAAGCAGAAAAGGAGACAAUUAAUAAACAAAAAAAAGAACAAGCAUAUAAGACAGCAGCAGAGUAUGGUGUUAGUGCAGACAGCAUAAGAAAAGCGCUGCAGCUAUACAACGAGAAGGACUACGAGGGUUCCUUGCUAAUAAAUUUAGCAGCAGCAGAAGAAGGAUAUGAAAUUGGCCAAUGGAAUUCUGCCUUCCUGCUGCAGUCUGGUGCUGCUGCUGUACCUGGUGCUGCUGCUGCUGCUGCUGCUGCUGCUGAUCCUGAUCCUGCUGCUGCUGAUCCUGAUCCUGCUGCUCACCCUGUUGGGAGUACCAAGGAGCUGCAGCAGACUGUGCAGCCGCAUGCACAUCAGCCACUGUCUGAGCUGCAGACACCCGCGUCUUCGUCUCAGCUGCAGCAGCAGCAGCAGCAGCAGCAACUACUGCAGCAGCAGCAGCAGCAACAGCAGCUGCCUAGGAAUCUAGUGUACAGACAGCUAAAUCGUGCUGCCCUUCAGGGCAAUGUUGAGGCAUUAAGAGAAGUUGGAUUAAUGCAUGCAUCGAAGAAAGACAAAGGUGUCCCUUAUGAUGAAGUUUUAUCCUUACAAGUUAUUCAUCGUUCUCUUACCUUAGGAGAUAUACAGUAA